AUGCAUACUUUGAGAUUAUUAUGGGCAGCUAAUAAUGAAACAACAUUGCAAAGACGUCAAACAAGAGUAAAUCGUCGUAAAAUGGUGCAAAUUGUGGAGAUGGAGGAAUUGGAAUUUGUUCAUCGUUUUAGGUUAGAUAAACAAAGUUUUUGGCGUCUUUGUGAUGAUCUUCGGCGUUUAACGUCAUUGAAAGGUACCCGGGAAAUUAGUUUAGAAAUCAAGGUUUUGUGUACUCUUAGCUUUUUAGCUACGGGUUCAUAUCAACGUAUUGUUGGACUAACACAGCAUUUGGUACAAAGAACAACUAGUAGGUGUAUACGUCAAGUUGUUGAAGAAUUGAGCCAUCCAGCCAUUCUAAAUAAAUGGAUUCUGUUUCCAAGUUCGCAACAACAACGAGCCCAAAUAAGACUUGAGUUUCAGAGGCGAUUUAGACUCCCGGGUAUAGUUGGAUGCAUAGACUGUACCCAUGUGGCAAUAGUCAAGCCACCAGUUGAAGAACAUUUAUUUUUUAAUAGGAAAGAGGCCAAUUUACCUUCUCCAUCUAUUAUGGAAGUAGAAGAAGAUGAUGCUCAACCUGACAAUGCAUCUGAUAGCGUUGGUGCUGCUAGUGAUCAAAGUGAGCUACUCCAAGGCAGGGCAGUACUGAAUAAUCUUUUAUCAAGACUUUAA